AUGGAAGCGAACGAAAAAAUAGAUAAAAACAUUAGAACUGAAGAAAGAUCUUGUUUUGUUGGGAAAUGGGCAGGUGAACUUGGCCAAUUGGCUGUUGAAGAUAUUACCAAAGGAUGGUCUGCUGUCAAAUUACCAAUGACGAAACUAAUGAAAAUAAAAUCUCGCGAAUACGAUGAAAUAAUAGCAACUUUUGCCAAAGAAGUUGAACAAAAUAAGACAUAUUUUAAGAAUUGGCGAUUUUUUGGUCAAAAGAUUGUUACUACCCCUGCAUUCAACAUAACUACACCAUGGUACCAGUAG